AUGCAAAGAGACCUUUACCUUACUGAGCGCUUUAAUGAAGGAGACACAAGUCUAAAAGACAUUCCUCAUACUGGUCGCCCCGUCACUUUUGACGAAGAAGCAUUGCAGCGCGAGCUUGAGUUGCAUCCGGAUUCCACCACCAGAGAUUUAGAGAAAACUCUGAACUAUCACUACAGUACCAUAGAUCGCCAUCUGCAGUCGAUGGGUUACCGUCAAGUUUUGUCAAGAUGGACGCAUCAUGCUUUGACCGAUGCUCAACAUGCAUUACGUGUCAACAUUUGUGAAAGUCUGCUGCUGCGCCCCCAAAGAAAGAGCUUCCUGGAGUCAAUCAUCACUGGAGACGAGUCCUGGGUCUUGUACGAGAACGUUACACGAAAAGCCUUUUGGAUGCCUUCCGAUAAACGGCCACCAACACAGCCGAAAAGCAGUCCGCAUGGCCAGAAACUUCUCCUGUCAGUUUUCUGGGAUUCGCAAGGAAUGUUGCUGUGGUAG